ACCUUAAUGCAGAUGUAAUAAAGGUGCUGUCAGUUCAAUGUCAGUCUGAUUAUGUCGCCAUCUUCGUCACACGUAAUGUGAUCAAAAAAAUCGACGAAUUUGAAUACAUUUUCGAGAUCUAGUGUUCAAAAACAAUAUUUUAGUUUCGCCGCUAUUGCAGACAAUGUAUUGAAUUCUGAAUGUUAUAAUAUCUGGUGUUUACUUCUAUGUUCCCUGUCCCAAAUUAAUAACCUUUCAUGUCAAUAUUACUGAUGAAAUAAUUCAAACCUAUAUAUAUAUUUUUUAUAGAGGAAUAAUACAUUUUACCGCCAAAUAAAUAAAAUUAUUAGGCUAAAUUGCCAAAUGGCUCUAAGAUCAGUGAUAUCAGUAUUCCGACCUUUAACUACCUUCUAUAAAACUAAUGCUGUAACAAUACUCAAGUGUGUAUCUCCGAAAUUAAAUUACGUAGGGUUUAUUCAAAACAAUGUACGUUUGUCUACUGUUUCACAUCGUAAUAGAACAAAGGUUCCAGUGAAAAGUGGUUUUGAUGAAUCAAAAGCAAAGAUAGUUUUGGCUCUUAACUUCCAGUCUCCUGAAGAUACUUUACCAUUUUAUAAAUUACCUAUACGAACAUUAAUUCAUAUAUAUAAAGUGACAAAAGAUGAUGAGAGCAAAGGGUAUUGUAAAAACAGACUGUACUACAUUGCUUCCCGUAUUCAGGUUCCUCCCUCUGUCUUAAGCGAAAAAAUAGCUAAAAGAACUUUUAUAUAUAGCCUGACAUUUGACUGGCUUGAGAAGUCAUUGGAUGUGCUUUUAGAUAUGGGAGUAACUAGUGAUCGUAUCCUACGAGAUUUGUGGGUACUGAAAUAUCACCAUGAAACAAUUCAUGAGAGGCUACUGAGGGUAAAAAAUAUGGGUAUAAGUAAUUUGUAUCCAUGGAUGGUCAGGUGUUCUGAAGACAUACUUCAAAGGUUUAUUAGUAUUUCACAAGAAACUAAAACAAUCUUGGGUGAAAGCAAAUCAACGCAAACUUACCUUGCCAAUCGCUUAAAUACUUCUGUUGACCAUGUGGAAGAAAUGUGCAUAAAAAUACCUGCACUCAAAACUAUUCGUGUCACAAAGGUGAAACAUUUUUUAGAUUUCCUCUUAAUGGAGGGAUUUGAAGUAGAAGACAUUGCUAUGAAACCCAGAGUAUUAUCAGCUUCCCAGAAAACAGUGAAGCAGCGUUUGGAUAAAUUACGCGGAUUAGGAUUAAAUGAAAUCAAUCUUAAUGUACUUUGUAGAAGCAAGAAAGACUUUCAAAAGUACUGUGAAUCAAUAGAAACUAUUUCCAAAGAAAGUGGUAAUCCAAGCUAAUACUAGAAGUUAACUGAUAAAUGAAAAAGUGUCAUAUGUUUCAAGAAUAGGUAACAAGAGAGAAUAUUUAAACUUGCAUAUUUAUAAAUAUAAAUGAAACAAAACAUGUUUGUAAAUAAAAACUUUUACAAAACUUUCACAAGUAUUGCAGAGCUUUAUUUUGCUAAAAGCAAACUUUUCAGAAUAUACAGAAGUCAAUAACUCUCCCCCACCACAAGUACUAAUUCUAUUCUGAAAAUAAAAAUUAUAACUAUCUAAAAAUAUUUUGCUGUGUUUAGCAACAUGAUUUUGUUAAGUUGUUUUUAGAAUGUAUGGAAAUGGAACAGAUACAUUUGUAGUUAACCAGUUGUAUGUAAAUAAGUGCUAAUUAUUGAAAUAAAUAAUUAAAAUAUUUUAAUGGUAUUACUAAAUUUUAUUUUUCAUAUAAUACAUAUAUUUUAUGGAAUCCAAUAACCCAUUAGUGGAUUAAUACUAUACUAGUGCCAAAUUCAUGUUGACUAGUACAGUUUAGAGACAAGUGUAACUCAAACUGCACCUAGAACAGAAACAUACUUAGCUCAUAUUGAAAAAUUAUAAACAACACAAUUUGAACACCACCUAGAAAUGAUACAGCAAUUAGACCUAUGAGGUAUCACAGGCAGGUUUUUACUCAAAAACGGAACUUUAAUUAUCCUACAUUAUUUUCAAAUUGGUAUCUUAAAACUUCUACAGUAAAUUUUUAUGACAUAACUGUGCUAUCUUUACUACAAUGUUGGUUAGGAUCCACAAUAUCAACCAUGGUGACUCAGCUUAAAACUUGAAGAAUUUAGCAACAAAUUU